AUACACCAUCGUGACAUUCCUACAUCUUCCUCAUCUUUACCUCUUGUCUCUCCCUCUCCUGGAAGCACUUCCUCAUCUCCUCUCUUCUCUAUACCCUCAUUCUCAUCACCCUCACCCUCACUCUAGUCUCUAGACCUCAAAUCUUCGCACACACUAUCCCCACCCCACCCCCCGAGCCGGGGCUCUAUCAGGCAUCAUGGCAGCCGCCGUUGCCAUGGAUUAUCUUCACAAAUAUCUUCCCGCCGUCGCCGACCAACUCACCAUUUCCAAUGCCACCACAACACAAAACAAUCUCUACGGCGGUUUAGAUCUGGACGGUCUUAAUUGGCUAGAGAGGACAUGGGCUUGGUACUAUAUCGCCAUGGGCAAUCCUAUCAUCGCCACGGGUCUCAUGAGUUUUGCGAUGCAUGAGCUGGUAUACUUUGGAAGAGCAAUACCAUGGUUGAUCAUCGAUGCUAUACCUUACUUUCAGAAAUGGAAGUUGCAACCAAACAAACACGUCACUCGAGCUCAAAUACUCCAAUGUACAAAAGUCGUCCUCCUCACUCAUUUCACAUGUGAAGCUCCCCUCAUUUGGUUAUUCCAUCCUAUCUGUUGUUAUUUUGGCAUGUCGACUUUCGAAGUACCUUUCUCUCCACCUUGGCUCAUGGCGGCUCAAAUCGCAUUCUUUUUCGUUUUCGAGGAUACCUUUCAUUACUGGGCACAUCGAGCAUUGCACUAUGGCCCUCUGUACAAAAAUAUCCACAAAUUGCACCACGAAUUCUCUGCUCCAAUAGGUCUUGCUGCCGAGUAUGCCCACCCACUGGAAGUCAUGAUCCUCGCCCAGGGCACCAUCUCAGGACCUUUUGUCUACUGCCUUUUCCGAGGCGAUCUCCACAUCCUCACCGUCUAUAUCUGGGUAACCCUUCGGUUAUUUCAGGCCGUCGAUGCUCACUCCGGCUAUGACUUUCCUUGGUCUUUACGACACUUUUUGCCUUUCUGGGCAGGCGCAGAUCACCAUGACUACCACCACCAGGCCUUCACCAAUUGUUAUUCGACAAGUUUCAGAUGGUGGGAUUACAUGCUGGGUACCGACGCCAAGUACCACGCUUAUAGAUCCCGGAUCGCGGCUGCCAAACAACAUGAGCGGAAACAGGUACUUCUGGAGGAAAACGAGCGGACUGAAAGAGAAGGGAUUUUGGCAGAGCGGGCAGUUUUGGCAGGUAGGAAGGGCAAGUUGCAGGAAUGAUUUACGAAGUGUUCUUGUCCUCCAUUACGUCUCAUCAUAACAAGAGACAGCGACGAUGUAGUACAUUACUCGUAUAGCAAAUGUCACCCUCACGUCCUCAUGGCAGAUGCAUGCAUAGACCUGCAUUUGUCCAAC